AUGAGUGGCCAAUGAGCCACGGCAGCGCCGGGUGUGGAAGACCAAUGAGGACAGUUCGAGGGCAGGGCUGCUUCCAGGAGACAACAGGUGGACGAGGUGAAGCAGCUAAACUUGCGCCAGGGUGGAGUGGCCCUUGGAGCCGCCAGGCUUCAGUAUCCUAGAGGCGCCUUCCCCUCCUCCUCCUCCUCCUCCUCCCCCCCCCCCCUCCCCCCAAGUUCAGGGUUCAUUGCAGUCACCAAACCGGUAACUGAGGGAGGCAGACCAAAGGUAACAGAAACUAAGGCGAGUUGAGCUCCUGACUCACUGUUGUGGCAGGAUGAAUGUGGGGGUGGCCCACAGCGAGGUGAACCCCAACACAAGGGUGAUGAACAGCCGAGGUAUCUGGCUAGCCUACAUCAUCCUGGUAGGGCUUCUGCAUGUGGUUCUACUCAGCAUCCCCUUCUUCAGCAUCCCAGUCGUCUGGACCUUGACCAACGUCAUCCAUAACCUGGUUAUGUAUGUGUUCCUGCACACUGUGAAGGGGACACCCUUUGAGACUCCCGACCAAGGCAAGGCCCGGCACCUUACACACUGGGAGCAGAUGGACUAUGGGCUCCAGUUCACCUCCUCCAGAAAGUUCCUCAGUAUUUCUCCCAUUGUGCUCUACCUCCUGGCCAGCUUCUACACCAAAUAUGAUGCUGCUCACUUUAUCAUCAAUACAGCUUCACUACUCAGUGUGCUACUGCCUAAGUUACCCCAGUUCCAUGGUGUCCGUCUCUUUGGCAUCAAUAAAUACUAAGAUCUGGCAAUGAUAAUUUAGGUACAGGCUAGGGAAGGACAAAGGGCUGCCCUAUCCUCCUUCCCUUUAGCUACUGAAGACCUGAGAUCAACUGAUCUUUUUUGCCAACUCCAGGGAGAUGAAUUUGGGGUUAGGAUGACUCCCCUGUAGGACAGGUUCCUUAGAAUCAAGAAAGAGGGAUAGGGGCUGGGCCCACUCUCCUGUCUGGUGCUAUAGUUUUUCUUUUCCAACUACUUACAUCAUUACUAUAUAUUCCUUUGGAACAGAAGCUGUUUUUCAGAUAUAAAUCUAAGGUAGUCAGCAGAACUUUGUGGGAAGCAAGGGAGGGAGAAAAGACUACAUUCUUCCUAAUCUUAAAUUUAAAAUAAACCUCUGAUUGUAUUAUCAUA